GGGUUACACCUCCGGAUGCGCGUGUGCAGCGGGGGCAGCUGUGUCCCUUAGCCCAGAGUUCCGUGUGCCCUGGAAGGAGCGCGCGUGCGCCUGCUAAAGAGAAGCCGUUUCUUAAGGUCCUGGAAGCGCGCCCUCUAAUGGGGAGCUGGAGCGGAAAAAUCAUACACUGUGCAUUGACUGACCUUCUUGCGAUAGACGUUUAUUGAGCGCCUUCAAUAUGCCAGGCACUGCCCUGGGUGCUGCUGCCCAAGCGAGAACGACCAAUGCGGCCCGACCCUGAUGGCCCAGAAACGGGUUUCUGAGGUCCGCCACGGCAUCCCCUACGCCUAACACGUCUCCCUGUUGUGGGAUCAUUGAGUGCGACCCUCAAAAAAGAAUUCUUGAGAUGAUCCGUGCAACUUAGUAAACUUCUGCGGAUCGAAUGGCGGAGAGGAGACAAACCGGUUUGCGCCCUCUGCUGUAGGGCUGCGGGGCAGGCCAGGCGGUAGCGCUUCAGGGAGAGAAGCGACCGGCGGAGCCAGUAGAAGGCGCUGUGGGAGCUGCCGGAGGGGCCCGGCGGAGGCGGGGUCAGAGGAGGGAGCGCGGCGGGGCGGGGCGCUCGUCUUCCCGCUAGCCGGGUGCAUGGCGGCCCCGGGCGCGGGCCCCGGGCCGGGAGCACCCCCGGGGCUGGAGGCGGCCCUGCAGAAGCUCGCGCUGCGGCGGAAGAAGGUGCUGAGCGCCGAGGAGAUGGAACUUUACGAGCUGGCGCAGGCGGCGGGUGGCGCCAUAGACCCCGACGUGUUCAAGAUCCUGGUGGACCUGCUGAAGCUGAACGUGGCGCCCCUCGCUGUCUUCCAGAUGCUCAAGUCCAUGUGUGCUGGGCAGAGGCUGGCGAGCGAGCCCCAGGACCCUGUGGCCGUGUCUCUGCCCACAUCGAGCGUCCCGGAGACCCGAGAGGCCUCCUUUCUCUCUGCCAAGAGCUGUAGUCCCCCUGCAAGGCCCUCCUUUUCCUCGGCCCCGCGGCCUGCGGCCUCUCCGGUUCUGCUCCACGGCCCAGCUGCCACGCACUCGCCUCUCUCUCCAGGGCCCCCCGGUUCCCUCCGGUUCUCUUGCUGCCUGUUCUCUCCUUUUGCAGGUUGCGUUUACUGGUUUAUCUCUGGGGGUUGGUGCUCUUUCUUGUUUCUGUGGAAACUGCUGUGGCCCCUAUUCGAGAGUCAGAGCAACUUGGAGAUGAACUGCCAGGGCAGGACCCUAUGGGCCAUCCCUGUUACACAGCUUAGGGAUUGGGGACACAAUUUCAGAUCUUGGUUUAUUAGAGACCACUUGCAGUACUUCUGGAAUGGGACCAACGCCCCCUGCCCCCAGAGGCCAAUUCUGCCAGGUGUGACUUGUGCUCUGUAGAGGUGCCCUCACCCCGAGAGGAGGGCACCAGGCCGAGGGGCAGGAGAGCCUUUACUUUGCUGUAGAGAGGGAAGCCUUAGGUGUGAGAAACACCUUGGUUGCUUAGAUGCUGUCACCUGACAGGUAGCCUAGAGGGUAAGAUGUGAUUGUCCUUUCCUGCCUGUUUCCUGAGCUGAGGGUACCUUCCAGGCAUUGCCCGGUGUGGCGAGGCUGGAGGCCCAGAGCCAGGGGCGUGUGAGGGCCUGAGAUCCCACAGCUGCCCUGGCUGUGCUCUCCAUAUCCUUUCCCACAUCACCGACCUCGCUGUUCUAGGUGCCACCUGAAACUCGGCAUGGGGAAGGGCCAAGGGGCAGGUCAGGGUAGAGCCAGUAGACUACAAGGCUGAGUUGAGGAAUCAGUGGGCAGAGGGAGGGAGAAACUGGGCAUGGAGCCCUCCUCUUUCAAGGGGGUGUUGCUGCUUGCUCACCCAGUGACUGGGUGCCAGGCUGGCUCUCAGCGCUGAGGGCUCAGGGGGGCUGUGAGAUGGACAGGUCCCCCUUCCAGUUUGGGAGAUGGCUAGAUACACCAAUGGGGACAGAGACCGGAGGAAGCCAGUGUAGCCAGCCUUGCUGGAGCAGCAAGGGUUAAGCAGGCUCAGAGUGUUGUUGCCCUGCAGCCCUUUGAGGUAGGAGUAGUGGGGAGCGCUCCAGCCUGAGAUGCGGGCCCAGGUCACUGGUGGGAGCGGGCCUGAGCUUGGAGGGGAGAGGUGGGAAAGGGAGGGCGGAGAGCCCAGAGGUGGAGUGGGUUUGCUUUGGUGCUCAGAGCACUGACAUAGAGGGGCUUGGAGAGAGGUGGGGAAGAAGCCCCAAGCAUAGGGACAGGAGUGGCAUGGAGUGCUGGGCCCCACAGGGUUUUCUCAAAUGCUUAUGCCUUGGGUCUGCUGGGUUGGGCAGCCAGUGGCCAGGAUAUGAGGACAUAGAGGUCCUGAGGAGGUGCCCAGUGAGGGUAGAGGGCAGCCUGGAGAGGGGGUGGGUGGGGAGGCAGUGGAAGGGAGUGGGGCACAUGAGGGGCCAUGCCAGGAGUGUGCUGUGGCCAAGAGGCAGAGGCCAUCGGAGACCAAGAGCUCUGAGGCCACAUGUUGCAGAAUCUGUCUGUCCACACAGACCUUGGGCAGAAUCUGAGGUAGAAAAAAAUGAGGAGAGUCGUCAGAGUGAUCAGUUGGGGGACUGUGGUAGCCUAGGAUCAUGAUGGGGGUUUGGGGCUGUUAGGGCUCGCUGGCCUUAGGUUUCCCACAGAAUUGGGGGUGGCAGCUGCUGCAGACCAGGGGCUGGAGGCCCGCCCAGGAGUUUGAUCUGGUAAGCUGCAGCAUGCUCAGCAUCCAGGUGGCCUGUGGGGACUGUCACUGACAAGCUCAUCCAUUCCUGGCUUUACUAGGCAGGACAUGGGGAAACAGAAGACCCUAAGAGCACAAAGAGGGUAAAUGCUUGUCCUGAUGAGGGUGUGGUCACCAAGGAAAAAUAAAAUUCGGUCGAGUGUUCUCUGCUGAGGCUUAGGGAAACUGUAUGCUUUAAAAAGAUGUUCCUCUGGAAUGUGUAAGAUGAAGUUUGGUGUGCAGAAGCUGUGAGCCCUACACAGAGCUGCGCUGUCCCGUACAGGAGCCAUGGGCCCCCCAGGGCUCGCGGCUGAGACUCACUGCAAGUUUAAGUAUACACCAGACACCCAGAUGCCAGAGAACUGGAACAAAAAGAAUACCUCACAAGUAAUUUUCAUAUCGAUUACAUGCUGAAAUGGUAAUAUUGCACAUUUUAGGUUAAUUAAAAUACAUGAUUUACAUUAA